GGGGUCUUCGGAUGAAUUAAACACCACCUACCUGGACCAAAGCCACGUCACUAACAGGAGUCAUUGGAUGGGGACGAGACUGGACCGUUUGUUUAUUUUGCUCGACACCGGAACAACGCCAGUGACCAGGAAAGCGGCGGCCCAGCAGCUUGGAGAAGUGGUGAAACUACAUCCACAUGAACUCAAUAACCUUUUGACAAAGGUGCUGGCCUAUCUACGGAGUCCCAGCUGGGACACACGAAUAGCAGCCGGCCAGGCCGUGGAGGCCAUCGUGAGAAAUAUUCCUGAGUGGAACCCGGCUCCAAAGCCAAAGGAAGAGUCCCGUGACGACCUGUCUCCGGAGGACUCGUCCUGCGACCGCCUGAAUUUCUACCAUUUCGACAUCUCCCGCCUGCUCAGACACGGAGCCUCGUUGCUCGGAUCCGCAGGAGCCGAGUUUGAGCUGCAGGACGACAAAACCGGUGAGAUGGAUCCCAAGGAGCGUCUUGCCCGCCAGAGGAAGCUGCUCCAGAAGAAGCUGGGCCUGGAUAUGGGCGCCGCUAUCGGAAUGGACACGGACGAGCUGUUCAACGACGAGGACCUGGACUAUUCAUGCCAUCCAAGCAGCUUUAAAGCUCAAGGCUACAAAGCUGCUGCUGGCUGCAGCUCGCGCAACCAUGUGACCAUUCAGGCGGCCGAACUGAUCGACUCGGAGUUCCGGCCUGGUAUGAGCAGCCGGCAGAAGAACAAAGCCAAAAGAAUGGCCAAACUAGUGGCGAAGCACAAAUCCAGAGACGCGGAUCCCAACGAGAAGAGCAACGACGGCUGCGAAGGCGAACCCGAGGAGAAACGAAGAAAAACGACCAACGUGGUCAUUGACCAGCCAGCAACAGAACACAAGGUCUUAAUUGACAACGUCCCAGAUAACUCGGGUCUCUUAGAGGAGUCUCAUGAGUGGCCUCUGGAGAGCUUCUGUGAGGAGCUUUGUAAUGACCUCUUCAAUCCAUCCUGGGAGGUCCGUCAUGGUGCGGGCACAGGACUCAGGGAAAUCCUGAAGUCUCACGGCGCUGGAGGUGGGAAGCUGGUUGGAAGCACUGCACAACAGAUGCUGCGGCAGCAUCAGGAGUGGAUAGAGGACCUGGUGAUCCGUCUCCUCUGCGUCUUCGCUUUGGACCGCUUUGGGGACUUUGUUUCUGACGAGGUGGUGGCUCCUGUCAGAGAAACGUGUGCGCAGACGCUCGGCGUGGCUCUUCUUCACAUGAGUGAGAGCAGCGUUUCCAUGACAGUAGACGUCCUCCUGAAGCUGCUGAAAGAGGACCAAUGGGAGGUCCGGCACGGAGGCCUUCUGGGCAUCAAAUAUGCCUUGGCUGUCCGACAGGAUCUGAUCUCUGUUCUGCUCCCCCGGGUGCUGCCUGCAAUAACCGAGGGUCUACAGGACCUGGAUGACGACGUCAGGGCUGUGGCUGCUGCUGCUCUCAUUCCAGUGGUGGAAGGCUUGGUCCAGCUGCUGCCCAACAAGGUACCUUUUAUUGUGAACACCCUGUGGGAUGCCCUGCUGGACUUGGACGAUCUCACCGCUUCCACCAACAGCAUCAUGACUCUGUUGUCUUUGCUGCUGACCUUUCCUCACGUCCGGCAGUGCAGCAUUGAGCAGUCUCUCACUGUCCUGGUUCCUCGAGUCUGGCCGUUCUUGAGACACACCAUAUCCUCAGUAAGAAAGGCGGCGCUGGAAACUCUCUACACGCUGCUGUCCAAAGCUGAAGAGAGUUGUGCGGUCUGGAUAAACCCCAUAUUACAAGAUAUGUUGCGACACAUCUUCCAGUCCGCCAUACUGGAGAGCAACGAGGAAAUCCUCGAACUGAUUCAAAAGGUGUGGAUGGAGCUGCUGUCUCAGGUGCCCCAGCAGUUCGUGGUUUCAGCCAGCUGUCCAUGGAUGGGUGCCUGGCUCUGUCUGAUGAUGCAGGCCUCUCACAUCCCUAUAGACCUGAACAUGCUGCUGGAGGUGAAAGCCCGCUCCAAGGAUAAGACCGGCCUGAAAGCGCGACAAGGCUGCAAUCAAGUGAAGGAAACGGUGCAGCAGUACAUCGCCGGGGCCGAGACCGUAGCCGACGAUCCCCUGACCAGGGAUUACGUGGUGGUCCGUGCCCGACUCAUGGCGGCUAAGUUGCUGGGAGCUCUGUGCCGGUGCAUCUGCGACCCUCAGCUCAACGCUGCGUCCCAGGAGAUCCGGCCAGCCGAGUCUCUGGGCCAGCUGCUGCUCUUCCACCUCAACUCCAAAUCAGCCCUGCAGCGGGUUGCCGUGGCGCUGGUCCUUUGUGAGUGGGCUGCGCUGCAGAAGGAUUGCCAGGUGGUGUCGUCCAUGGUGCAGCCCCGGCUCCUGGCUGUUCUCACCGAGCAGCUGUACUACGACGAGAUCGCCAUCCCCUUCACGCGCAUGCAGAACGAAUGCAAGCAGCUCAUCGCGCUGCUCGCCGAAGUUCACGUGGACCUCCAGGACCGCCUCAGCUGCAGCGUUUUCACCAUAGACCAAGCCAACGAGCUGGUAACCACCAUCUUCACAGAGACGACGGCGGGCCUGAACGUGAAGUCCAAACAGUGGCUGGCCCUGGAGAGCAAGCGGCAGCAGGCCCAGUCCACCGUGCUGGAGACCAACGGCGAGUGGCAGCAGCUGCACCUGCGCGUCCACAUGUUCGCCGCCUGCGCCGCCAUCAGCCUGGAGGCGCUCCCCGACAAGCUCAACCCGCUGGUGCGGCCUCUCAUGGAGACGGUGAAGAAGGAGGAGAACUCCCUCGUCCAGAGCUACGCCGCCUCCUUCAUAGCCAAGCUGCUGCAGCAGUGCGCCGGCCGCUCGCCCUGCCCCAACUCCAAGAUCGUCAAGAACCUGUGCGCCUCGGCGUGCACGGACCCCGCCGCCACGCCCUCCUCGGCCUGUCCCGUCCCCGCAGCCCAGGAGCCCGCCAAAGGCGGGCUGGAAAAAGACGCCAUGCAUCACGUGGUCAACAAAACCCAAGGAAUCAUCACUCUGUACCGCCACCAGCGGGCUGCGUUCGCAAUCACCAGUAAAAGGGGUCCAACCCCCAAAGCUCCAAAGACCCCAGUGACGGAGCUUCCUCCCGGGAGCACCAUAAGUCCCGAUAACGACGAGUGCAAGAAGCAGUUUCUGGUCCAAAGACGAGGAGCCGAGUUUGCCCUAACGACCGUCGCGAGGCACUUUGGCGCCGAGCUCAACAAGCGUCUGCCGUACCUGUGGGACAACACGGUGGGACCGUUGAAGGCGGUGGCCAUGGAGAGUCUGUGCAUCGACAGGCAGGCCGAGCUGGAGAGAGGAGAUGCAGCGGCUCAGGAACUGGUCAACUCCCUGCAAGUUUUAGAAGUCAUGGCUGGAGCCAUGGCGGCUGAGCUUAGACCUUUGCUACUGGAACACCUACCUCAUUUGUUCACUUGCCUGCAGCACCCGUACACGGCGGUGCGGCACAUGACCGCCCGCUGCAUCGGUGUGCUCAGCAAGAUAGCCACGCUGGAGACCAUGAACAGCUUCCUGGAGUGCGUCCUCCACUGGCUGGCCGCCAUCGAUGACUGCACCAAGCAGGAGGGCGCCAUCGAAGCCUUGGCGUGUGUGAUGGAGCAGCUGGACGUGGACAUCGUUCCCUACAUCGUGCUGCUGGUGGUGCCUGUGCUGGGCCGGAUGAGCGACCCCAGCGACAGCAUUCGUUUUAUGGCCACCCAGUGCUUUGCUACGCUGAUCCGCCUGCUGCCACUAGAGGCGGGCAUACCGGACCCGCCGGCCAUGUCUGCUGACUUGAUCCAGCAGAAAGCGAGAGAGCGUCAGUUCCUGGAGCAGCUGCUGGACGGCAGGAAGCUGGAGAACUACAAGAUCCCCGUGCCGAUCAAAGCGGAGCUCAGGAAGUACCAGCAGGAUGGGGUCAACUGGCUGGCCUUCCUCAACAAAUACAAGCUGCACGGGAUCCUCUGCGACGACAUGGGCCUGGGGAAGACGCUGCAGUCCAUCUGCAUUCUGGCUGGGGAUCACUACCUCAGGGCGCAGGAGUACGCCAAGACCAAGGCGGCCGACUGCAGCCCCCUGCCCUCCCUGGUGGUGUGCCCCCCCACGCUUACGGGCCACUGGGUGGACGAAGUGGCCAAGUUCUGCUCCAGAGAGUACCUCAGCCCGCUGCACUACACCGGGCCUCCCACGGAGCGCAUGCGGCUGCAGCACCAGGUGAAGAAACACAACCUGGUGGUCGCUUCUUACGACGUCGUGCGGAACGACAUCGACUUUUUUAGAAAUAUCAAAUUUAAUUACUGCAUCCUGGAUGAGGGCCAUAUCAUCAAGAACGGCAAGACCAAACUGUCCAAAGCCAUUAAACAGCUAGCCGCCAACUUCCGGGUCAUCUUGUCGGGAACGCCCAUUCAGAACAACGUUUUGGAGCUCUGGUCGCUGUUCGACUUCCUGAUGCCCGGCUUCCUGGGAACGGAGCGGCAGUUUGCCGCGCGCUACGGAAAGCCCAUCCUGGCCAGCCGCGACGCCAAGAGCUCGUCUCGGGAGCAGGAAGCCGGUGUCCUCGCUAUGGAGGCUUUACAUCGGCAGGUGUUGCCUUUCCUUCUGAGGAGGAUGAAGGAAGACGUGCUCCAAGACCUUCCUCCUAAAAUAAUCCAGGACUAUUACUGCACGCUCAGCCCUCUGCAGGUUCAGUUGUACGAAGACUUUGCAAAGUCUCGCGCUAAGGCCAGCGUGGAGGACAGCAUCUCUGUGGCCUCCAGCGACGAGGAGGAGAAGCCCAAACUGAAGGCUACUGGUCACGUCUUCCAGGCGCUGCAGUACCUGCGUAAACUCUGCAACCACCCAAACCUGGUCCUGACUCCUCAGCAUCCUGAAUACAAGCGCAUCACGGAGCAGCUGGCGUGCCAGAACUCCAACCUGCGCGACAUCCAGCACGCGCCCAAACUCUCCGCUCUCAAACAGCUCUUGCUGGAUUGCGGCCUCGGCGGCGGCGGCGGGUCGGAGGGCGGGACGGAGGCGGUGGUGGCCCAGCACCGCGUGCUCAUCUUCUGCCAGCUGAAGAGCAUGCUGGACAUCGUGGAGCACGACCUGCUGAAACCCAAGCUGCCCACCGUCACCUACCUGAGGCUGGACGGCAGCGUGCCGGCCGGCCAGCGCCACGCCAUCGUCUCCAGGUUCAACAAUGAUCCGUCCAUCGACGUGCUGCUGCUGACCACCCACGUGGGGGGUCUGGGCUUGAACCUGACGGGGGCGGACACGGUGGUGUUCGUGGAGCACGACUGGAACCCCAUGAGGGACCUGCAGGCCAUGGACCGAGCUCACAGGAUAGGACAGAAACGGGUGGUGAACGUCUACAGGCUGAUCACGCGGGGCACGCUGGAGGAGAAGAUAAUGGGGCUGCAGAAGUUCAAGAUGAGCAUCGCCAACACCAUCAUCAACCAGGAGAACACCAGCCUGCAGAGCAUGGGCACCGACCAGCUGCUCAACCUCUUCACGCUGGACACGGACGAUAAGGGCGACCGAGGCGAGCAGUCGUCCUCCUCCUCGGGGAAGGCGUCCAUAAAGUCGGUGCUGGACGGGCUGGGGGAGCUGUGGGACCAGCAGCAGUACGACUCGGAGUACAACCUGGACAGCUUCAUGAACUCGCUGCACUAGCGCCGCCGUCACCUGCGCCGGCCAAGCGGGACCUGGCCGCGCAGAGACGUCGUCACGGUUACAGGAAAAGUCUCGCUGUAACCAGUUAAACACAGCCAAACCCGGACGUUUUUGUCGCUCUUACUCUGAAAAGGUCCGGAGGAGGAGCUGUUCCCCUCACCGCUGUCGAAUUAGGUCAACGGUGGCGGCGCCUUUCAAGCACACGUGUAUUAUAACCCCAGCUCUAAUUUAUAGCAGCGGCAGGUGCUGCCUGUCCAGCCCCGCCUCCUGCACACCUCACCUUUUCCAGAGUAAACGCAGUGUUAGCCGCUCCUGCCUCUCCUCCGCCUCACAAAGUCUUAAACUCAGCCUCUUCCUCCUCCUCCUCCUCCUCCUGCUGCCACGGCCCGGUUUGUAUCACAAAGGGAACCCAGGUGACUGACGAGAAGCCAUAGGAUGCCGUCGCUACCAGGACGGCGCGGCGAGCCGGGACCGGCACCGGGAACCUGGCCCAAGUAUUUUAAAAGGACCUGUAGACUUGUACAUAUUUGUCUAACUGCUGCUUUUUUGUUUAUGAAGGUGGAAUUGUAAUAAAUUCUGCAUACCUUGGGA